GGGGCGGAGCCGCGCUUGCGCUCCGGGCGCGGCCUGAGGCACCAUGGUGGCCCGCGCGGCUUGGCUGCUGUUAGCCGCCCCGGCCUUGCCCCUGCUCUGCCUGCAGCUACGGAGCGCGGGCUUCAACCCAGGAUGGAAGGAUAUCGCUUUGCUGGGCGGCCGGGGUUUGCUGUUUCUUGCUAUCCUGACUCUGAUUAUUUUGAUGACCACCCCAUGGCUCACAUCUCAAGCUCCAUCCAAAGUGUGUUUGACAGUAACCGAAGAUGAGAACAAAAGAAGGCAGAAACGAGUGAGGGAAGAGCAGCAGGAGACCCUGAGCAUCCAGAGCAGUGCAUACCUGAAGAAUGUCUUGAAACCUCGCCAGGAAGUGAAACUGAGAAAACAGGAAGAACGCUUCUAUCAAAUGACCGGGGAAAGCUGGAAAUUACUUGCCGGCUACAAGCUUGGGGCCCUCGGUUUACCUGAAGAACCUCCGGAGACAGCCGAGGAGGUGGUUACGGUCGCCCUCCGCUGUCCUGAUGGACGAGUGCUCAAACGGAGGUUUUACAAGACGUGCAGCUCACAGGUACUGUUGGACUGGAUGAUGAAAGUGGGGUAUCACAGGUCCAUUUAUACCCUCUCCACUUCCUAUCCCAGAAGACCUUUGGAAGUGGGAGAAGACCAGACAUUAGAAGACACUGGUCUCACUACAGACACUGUGCUGAAUGUGGAGGAGAAAGAGCCCUACCUCUCGCUGUGAAGUGGGGCUCGUGGGACCUGUCACAGGAUGGAUACGCAAGCUGUGAGCGGCAUGAGGGCUCCACGUGACAAUCGAGCUAAACAGUAAAUGGGCCUCCUGCAGGCAAACACACUGGCCUACCUUGGUAAUAAAUGGAUAUGCUGUCAGAGUGGGGAACCUCUGGAAUGAAUGA